UAUUAUAUCAUUUAUCGUUUGCUCGGAAACUAUCGGUGCCCAUCUCUAGUCAUUGAAUUAGCUGCCAUAGAGAGAACACCACGGCAGACACGAAAACGCAGAUAAAUUUUCGUAUACCUAAUCAUUUCUUUGUGAAACCAGUGAUAUCAGCUGCGCAAAAAUGUCUGACUGGGAUACGGUCACGAUUCUUCGUAAGAAACCACCAAAAGCUUCGGCUUUGAAGACUGAACAAGCCGUAAAUGCGGCACGCCGUCAAGGCCUACCAGUUGAAACUCAACAAAAAUAUGGAGCUGGAACUAAUAAACAACACGUUACUACUAAAAAUACGGCUAAACUCGACAGAGAGACUGAAGAAUUGCGUCAUGAAAAAGUACCUCUUGACCUGGGAAAACUUAUAAUGCAAGGAAGACAGUCGAAAGGCAUGAGUCAAAAGGAUUUGGCAACAAAGAUCUGCGAGAAACCUCAAAUUGUCAAUGACUAUGAGGCCGGUCGUGGCAUUCCAAACAACAUUGUUCUUGGUAAGAUAGAAAGGGCAAUUGGAAUAAAACUUCGAGGAAAAGAACGUGGCCAGCCACUACAGCCUCCUGGAGGAAAGAAAUAACGGAUUCCCUGGGAGGCGAAGACUUAACUCCGAUUUGUUUAUUGCAUAAUUUUAAUUCUAUCUCAUUUUUGCUGUUGAAUGUGUUCUUUUAUUGAUUGUAUACUUACUAAACUAACAAAAGUAAAAUGAUGUAAGCAUUUAUUUUUCCUCUGGAAUGUUCCAUCUGUGAUUUACAAUGUGUUACCACCAAGGAAAAAAAUGUUCUAUCAGAUUACUGAAAAUGUUCACAAUGAAUUUGGAGAUAGUGGUGGAUUGGUGAUGUGAUAUGCAAUAAAGUAGCUAUUUAUGAU